UGAUCUUUGGUCCAUUUACUGGAGUUGAUCAUCAUAAAAAAUGUGUUACUUUUGCGGCUUCUUUUGUAGCUCAUGAGGAUAUAUCAUCUUUUGAAUGGGUUUUCAAAACUUUUCUUAAAUCAAUGGGAAAUAACGAGCCUGUGUGUUUGAUUACCGAUCAAGACCCUGCAAUGAAAGUUGUUGUUCGUAAUGUUUUUCAAACUACAGAACAUAGGUUUUGUAUGUGGCAUAUUAUGAAAAAGGUGCCUGAAAAAGUAGGUCGGGCGAUUGCCCAAGACACUGAUUUCUUGAAAAAACUGUGUUCAUGUGUUUGGCAUUUAGAGAUUGAGCCGGCAGAAUUUGAAGAAAAGUGGAACAAAGUUAUUUCAGAAUUCCAUUUGAACGAUCAUGAAUGGUUGGCAUACAUGUACAACAUACGUGAUAUGUGGAUUCCAGCGUAUUUCAGAGAUUUAUUUUUGGGUGGCAUUAUGAGGACCACAUCUAGAUCAGAAAGUGAAAAUAAUUUUUUCACUAUGUUCACAAAUCCCCAUCUCACUUUGAUUGAGUUCUACAUGAGGUUUGAAUGUGCAUUGGAUGCUCAAAGGCACACUCAAAAUAAAAUGGAUAAUGAUUCGAAGAAUAAGCGUCCGGAGUGUAAGACUCCAAUUCCUUUAGAGAAAGAUGCUUCUGAAUUGUUUACAACAACAAUUUUCUAUGAAUUUCAAUAUGAGCUUGAAAUUGGAUGUUUUAAUUGUGGUGUUGAGGAGAUGAAGAAGGACAAUGAGCUUUACAUUUUCAAUUUGAGGGAAGGAACCAGAAGGAGGACUUUUGAUGUUGUUUUUGAUCCAACUACCUUUGAUACCAAGUGUGUUUGUAAAAAAUUUGAACGUGAUGGUGUGCCUUGUAGGCAUAUGAUUUGGGUGUGGAAGGCAAGGAUGUUAGAAAAAAUUCCCAAGGCCUACGUUCUAAAUAGAUGGUGUACAAUGGCUUAUAAGAAGCCCAUUUUUUAUUUAGAGGGUAAUGUGUUGGAGGAAUGUAUUAAUGCAGUAGAUAAGAAAAUGUUAUUAAAUGAUUUGUAGUCUGAAAUUCAUGCUUGUGUGAGUUUAGUGCAAAACAAUGAAGAUGAUCUUAGUGAUCUUGUCAAAAAACUUCGAGCCAUGAGGGUAGAUUUGGAACAGAAGAAAACAAAUGGAAGCAACAAUCUUUCGAGCAAAGUUAAAGACAUUGAAAUGCUUAUUGAAGCUAGUCUACCUUCCAAUGUUUUAAUCAAACCUCCUAAAAUUUCGAAGAACAAAGGCACGGGGGUUCAUGUUCCAAAUCAGGUCAAUGUUCCAAAUGAUGUCCAUGUUCCAAAUCAGGUUCAUGUUCCA